AUGAAAAAAGAAGAGGAGUUUUUAAAAAAUGAAAUUGAAAAAGAGUCGAUUGCAUUGUUUAAGAAGAAUUUAUUAAAGGAAAGUUAUAAAUGGUUUAAAGAUACAGAUUAUUUUGUAAAAAUAAAAAAUGACAAUAAUUAUAAUAAUAUAGAAAAUAAAACAGAAACAAAAAACAUAGUAACUGGACGUGUACAGUUAGGAUGGGGUGGAACAUUUUUUUUAUUAUGUUGUGUUGUAGUUAUAUGUGAUAAUUCAGGCUGGCAAUCUUGUAACCAUUAUAAUAAUAAUAUAUUUUAUUCACCAGAAUCUUUAACAAUAGUAUAUUCUUUUCUUUAUGUAAUAUAUGCAUUUCCUUUAUUUAUUUUCCAUCAAUGUUUAGGGUUAGUAUCACAAGGCAAUUAUGUAAAGUCUUGUAGAAUGCUUUCACCCCAUAUGGGAAUAUUAACUAUAUUUUCUUUAUUCGGAACUAUAACAUUUUGUGCAAAAGAAAUAUGUAACUUUUCUGCCGAGUUUUUACAAAAUAUUAUAAGGCUAUAUAAUAUAUCAAAUGAAGCUAAAUAUGGAAUGACAAAAAUAUUUGUUGAUUUAACAACCCCAGGAGCAGAAUGCGCAUCUGCGCCUAACACCAUUUAUAUGGAAUCAAUAAAUUAUUGUGUAGCAUUUAAUGAUAAUGUUAUAGUAAAUUUUUAUGAAAAUUUAUGGUUUAUAGGAAAUAAGGGAAAUUAUAUUUACCUAAUUUUGAUAUCUACAUUAUUUAUAUUAUUUUGUUAUUUUAUUUUAUUACGAGAAAAUAUUCGUGUUUUUAAAUUUUUUAUUUUUGUUAUUAUAAUUAAUUGGAUUACUACAAAAUCAGUUGUUACUAUGAAUACAUUUUUUUUUUAUAUACCUCAAUCGAAGAAAAUAUAUGAAGAAAUAAUUUCAAUAUUUAAAGAGAUUGGAUUUCUUAAAUUGACUAUUUUUUUAUAUGGUACAUUAGCAAGAAGUUCAUCUAUAUUUAUUUUAAGCACUUUUGCUUCUUAUUUUCAUACUAAUACUAAUAUAAUGACAAUAAGUCUAUACACAUUUGUUUUUUAUAUGCUAAAUAUGUAUUUUUAUUUAAAAAAUGAAGCACAUGAAUAUUAUUUAUAUAAUAAAGGAUUAGGCAGUGGAGCAAGUUUUAAUUUCAUGAAGUGUAAUACAUAUAUAAAUAUGUUACAAGAAUUAAAAGAUAAUAAAGGAAAUAUUUAUAAUUCUGGUUCAUCUGGUUCUAUGUAUUCUGUUUGGCAAAAAUUAUGUCUAUUUUUCAGUUCAUAUUCUUUUCUUUUUUCCACAGUAUUUAUUGUGUUAAUGCAAUUGUUGGGGCCUUUUAACAUUUUAACUGAACUCGCUGAAAAUUAUAAAUAUAAUUUAUUGAACACAGGGAAAAAAAUUUAUACAUAUAAAUCGCUAGUUAAAAUAUAUGAAAAAUCAGAUUUUAAAAAUAUAUCAAAUAGUAAUAGGUCUUAUGCAUCCUCUUAUUACUCGAAAAAAAAAAGUGUAAAAUCAGCUAGCGAUUAUGAAAUGGCUAGUCAAAAAAAAAAAAAAAAAAAAAUAUUUAAAAAUUUGAAUUACUUUACAACUAAACCAGUAAAAACAAUAACUAAAAAUACAGAGUCAAAUAUAACAGGGAAAGAAAAAAAAGAAAUUCUUAUUUUCAAUACAGAAGAAGGGGGAUAUCAAACAACAGAUUGUGCAUUUUCAACUAAUAAAGGUGUAAAUUUAAAAAAGAAAAAAGAAAAAAAAGAGAGUAAGAUGGAUUUUUAUAAUGCCUCCAAAAGUAAUAAUUUUUUUGAUAAUAAUAAUUUGAAAAAUAGUUUUUCAAAAAAAAGACAAACAAAUUCAAGCGAAUAUUAUUGUAAUGGAAAAGAAAACAAAAAUAUUGAAGAAUCUAUAAAAGAUCAUAAUAAAAAAAAUGAAAACAAUAUGUUAUAUUCAAAAAAUGAAAGUAGCAAUGAUGAAAAUUCAUGUAUGAUUUCCACAAGUACCUCAACAAGCAAUAGAGAGAGUUCAUAUUAUGAAUGGACUGAUUCAGAUAUGAGUUUUGGGUUUAUGAAAAAUGAAAAGAAGGAUAACAACGAUUGGGGAAUGAAUAAAAACAAAGGUUAUCAAAUUGGAAAAGAGCAAAAUAAUAAGACGAAAAAUAAAAAUAUGAAUAGUAGUAUAAAUGAAGAAUAUAUAGUAGAAAAUAAAAACAAAGGAAUGGAUAUUUUUAGAGGGAAUUUGUUUAAUAGGGUUAUAAAUUUUAUUUCAAAUAUUUAUAAUAUAUUAUUAAAAAAAUAUGGUAUUUUUGUUUUGUUUUUUUUUAUAUAUAUAUUUACAUUAAUGCAUAUAGUAGAUUUUAAAAGAAAUAAUAAUAUUGUCAGUGAAAUAAUUUUAUAUAAUUUAUACAGAAGUUAUCUUAUAUUUAUUAUAGCAGCUCAAAUAAUAUAUGCAUCAUGGCUAUUUGGUAUGAAAAUGCAAAUGAUACAAUGUGGAGUUAUAUCAUGCUUAAUGAAUUUUAUAACAUGGAUUAUUAUACUUCCAUUAAUAUUUAUAAUUUAUUCAGAAAAACAUACUAUGAUUAAAUUAAUAACAAUAGGUAUAGUUUUAAAUAUAAUUACAAUAAUUAUUUCCUAUAUUGAAGUUAUUAAAAAAAUAAAAACUCAAGAAAAAUUAUGCACAAGUCAUAAAAAUAAACAUGAUGAAAUGCUACAAAAAUUUAAUAAAAUAGUGAUUUUAAAAAAAUGUUUAUAUUGGUUAUAUAUUGGUAAUUUAGAAAUUUUGAGAACAAAUUUGAAUAUAGCUAUGUCUGGAAGUGAAAAAAAAUAUAUCCCUUUUUUUUGGGUUGUUUUUUUUAAGUAUAUAAAUUCGUCUAUGCUUAUUGUUAUAAUUAUAUAUAACACAAAGGAAUAUUUUUUUAAUAUGAAAGAUAUAUUUAAAGCAACUUUUAGUUUGAAAAUUGAGUUGUUUUCUAUUUUCAUGAUUUUCUUUGGAUCCUUUUGGGUUUUGCUCAGGAACAUCUUUAAGGACCAUUACAUGCCGCAAAAUAUAGUAAUUCCAUCAGUACCUCUGGGUGUACAUGAAAAGGAAAAGAAAAAAUACAUUUUCCCCAAUUAA